CUCCGCCUCAAUGAUCUUCCAGCACAGUAGUUCCGACCGCACAUUGCAAGCAUGGCCGGGGACAGCGAAACACAUCUAAGGGACCGCGGCGAGAACACCAGCAUUAUUCGACAACCUUUUCUCAUCGGUGUGUCCGGAGGCACCGCCAGCGGCAAGUCGUCAGUAUGUGAGAAGAUCAUGGAGCUGCUUGGACAGAACAAGAUCGACCACCACCAGCGGCAGGUGGUGAUCCUCAGCCAGGACAGCUUCUACAAGGUGCUAACCCCGGAGCAGAAGGCGAAGGCGCUUAAGGGCCAGUUCAACUUUGAUCACCCAGAUGCCUUCGACAAUGAACUGGUAAUGCAAACGCUCAGGGACAUCCUGCAGGGGAAGACGGUCCAGAUCCCAGUUUAUGACUUUGUCGCUCAUUCCAGGAAAGAGGAGGUUGUUACAGUGUAUCCGGCUGACGUGGUCCUGUUUGAAGGCAUCCUCAUGUUCUACUCACAGGAGAUCAGAGAUCUGUUCCAGAUGAAGCUGUUUGUUGACACAGAUCCAGACACACGGCUCUCACGCCGAGUUCUGAGAGAUAUCAGUGAGCGGGGUAGAGAGCUGGAGCAAGUGCUCGCCCAAUACAUCACUUUUGUGAAACCGGCCUUUGAGGAGUUCUGUUUACCAACAAAGAAGUAUGCAGAUGUGAUUAUUCCCCGAGGAGCAGAUAACCUUGUGGCCAUCAACUUGAUAGUACAGCACAUCCAAGACAUUCUGAACGGUGGACUAAGCAAACGCCACAACGGCUGCACGAACGGCCACACUACUCCACGUCAGCGGCGGACCUCCGAGUCCAGCAGCCGGCCUCAUUGACCUCGUCACACCUCUCUUCACAGGCCGGAGAGGGGUGUGGGGGUUGCGCUGUAAAUAAUGCCUCUUGGGAUGACUGUAUUUAAGAGAAGAAAAAAGAGAGAGAUGCAAAAAGAAUUGAAAUGCCUUUUAUUAUUAUGACUACUCUUGUUAUUAGUUACUUUUAUUGUAAUUGUUGAACUUGGGAUUUAGAUUUUUUUGUCAGGAGGGUAAAAGAAAAGCUCUUGUUGUUCUUGUGAUGAGACCAUGGGUAAAAAAUUGACCCCAUGCAUUUUUCUCCCAGAUUGCAUUUUGUUUUUUAUGUAUCCCCUGCUGCUCCAUGGAAAUUCAUGUCGCGAAUGAAUAAAAGAGGGGAACCCUUCUUUUUUUUUGUAAUGUCUGAUAAAACUUGAACCCCUAAUGGCCGGGGAGUCUGAUAAAUGUUUGGGUGGGUCCCAAACACGAAGGAUGUGGAUUAGAAGCUGAAGAAACAAUGAUUACACUCUGUAUUUGUACUGACAAUCUUGGGAGUGUUUCCCAUCCUUCUUGUUUUCAGUGUUUAAAUUCCCUCAUUUGUAUUGUUUAGUGUAACAUGUUACACUAGAAAUCUGUUUACUGCAAAGUUUCCACCACGCCGACUCUAUCACGUCUGCUGCAGCAGUAACACACUACAUGAGUUUUCAUGUCAGAUUGUCAGGAGCAGAAUAACGUGACGACAAGACCAAUGAAGCCAAAGGCUGCGAAAUUCAGCUGACUACUGUAUUAGCCCAGUCGAAUGUUGUGGGGAUUGUUACUUUUGGGAUGCAAGAUUUGUCCCAAUCAAAACUCAUUUAUACUCAUUCUUUAUUUGAAUGAGGAUGAAAUAAUUAUUCAUGAGAUACUUAUUUGAUUUUCUUAAAUUCUCCAUAUUAGAUGGUUUAGCAUGACAGAAUCAGCCCCGUUGAAUAAAAUUAAAGUAUGACAGCUACACUCUCAGGUUGGUAACAUUUUGAUUCAAAGAUGCCAGAACAAAGGUGUGACAUGGGUGUUUAAUGCCACAGCAAUAUGCGUUUUCCCAGGUGUGUGGCCAUUAACCACCAAGACCCACCACAAUGCCUCUGCAAAGUUGCCUCAGGUUAAACAUGUACAGUAAGUAUCCACACUAGAAGCCAGUUUCCAUUCUUUAACUUAAAGUUAUAAUGAAAAUAAUUAAAAAAAAGAGAAAAGUUGAAUUUUGUAUUCCACGUGCUGUAUUUGUUGUGUAUCGUGCAAUUGAAUGACUGAUUUGUACCAUUUGUACUGUAUGGCUGUUCAGUGGUCUCAGGCUGUGGGAUGGUUUGUAAUGGGAUGACAGCAAUCGCUAAGCAGUCAAUAAACUGAUGCAGCCGAGUG